AUGUCGAAGAAAUCCCCCCCCACUAAGUCGCUUGUCGCCUCCGCCAGCGCCUCUUCGGCCGUGGAGCAGGACUUCCCUCGUGGUGGCUCUACUGGCCUGGCGCCGGUCGAGUACCGGGACGCCCGUCGCCAGGCCCAGGCUGACGCCGAGAAGGAGCUCCUGACCAAGCUCGGCAAGCGCUCGGCCCAGGACGAUGAGCUGACCGCUGCGCCGAAGAGCAAGCGCCUCAAGAAGAAGGAUCAGGCUGCCGCAGCUCCGACCAAUGUGGUCAUCCCCCCGAUUGUGUCCCUCCGCUUCAAGUCCCUGCGCACGGGCAUGUCUCUGCUUGGUGCGAUCAAGGAGAUCGGCGAGCUCGAGCUGGCCAUCUCCCUGCCGAAUGGCCUCACUGGCUACGUGCACAUUGCGGAGAUCUCGCCCUACGUCACGGCGCAGGUGGAGCACGUCGCCGCCCAGGAGGGUGACGACAUCUCCCUCCCCAACCUGGCGGAGAUUUUCCGCGUCGGCGACUUCGUCCGCUGCGUUAUCACCGAGCUUGGACGCACCGAAACCAACCGCAACCGCAUCGAUCUUUCGAUCAACCCGCAGAAGGUCAACCUCGGCAUCACUGCUGAUGACCUUGUCUCCAACAUGAUGCUCUCGUGCAGCGUCAAGAGCAUCGAAGACCACGGCUACCAGCUGGACAUCGGUCAGCAGGAUGUCCGUGGCUUCCUGCGCAACUCCGAUGCCAAGGACUUCAUCGAGAAGCGGGGCCGGCCGCUGGCCCUCGGCGAGGUGCUCAUUGCCAAUGUGCACUCGAUUAAUGGCGGUGUCGCUCGGGUCACCCUCAACCCGAGUGUCCUCUCGACGGCCGUGACCAAGGUCAGUCAGGUGUCUACCUGGGAUAGCCUUAAGCCCGGUGUCCGGGUGUCGGCCUUCGUCGACCAUGUCAUUCCCUCGGGUCUGCGCACCACCGUACUUGGCAGCUUCAAGGGCACCAUUGACAUCUUCAACCUGGGCAUCAGCAAUCUCUUCUCGGCCCCGAUCGAGUCGCUUUUCAGCCCGGGCACCCGUAUUGAAGCUCGUGUGAUCUUCGUCAAUGUCGUUGACCAGGUCAUUGGUCUGUCGCUUCUGGAGCACGUCCUGGCCCUGAAGCCGUGUGCCUUCACCGCGCCGGCCUCUCAGCUGCGCAUGGGUGCCUUCUUCGAGCAGGCCACCGUCACCGGCGCUGACGAGCACUCCGGUGUGGCCCUGUCCCUGGGCGAUGGCAUGCAUGGCUUCGCGCACGCCACGCGCCUGGUCAAUGACACGGAGAAGAUCAAGAACUUCGACCGCUCCUUCGGGAUUGGCACUCGUCACCGGUGCCGUGUCCUGUCAGUGGACUACUUCUCCAGCCUGCUGCAGGUGACCCUGCAGCCUUCGGUGCUGGCUAUCCCCUACAUCUCGUAUGCCGACCUCUCCGCCAAAAAAAAAAUCCAGGGGCAGGUCCUGUCCCACCAGGACGCCGGGUUCCUGGUGCAGCUGUGUGACGGCAUCGUCGGCUACUGCUCCUACAACCACGCCAGCGAUGUGCCGCUUUCCUCCUACGCCAAGAAGUUCCCCGAGAAGUCCAAGGCUCGGUUCCUGGUCAUGUCUUGCGAUCCUGCUCGUAAGCGCCUGGUCCUGAACGCGCGCCGGUCCAUGGUCCAGAUGAAGGGGGGCAAGUACUUCACCGACAUCAAUGCCAUCAAGGUGGGCGAUGUCAGCGUGGGUCUUGUGUCGCACGUCGCCGAGUAUGGCCUCUUCGUGCGCUUCCUCAACAAUGUUUCCGGCAUGGCGCACAUCUCGCAGCUGUCCCAGUCGCACGUCAGCGACGUGAGCCAGAUGUUCAAGCGCUUCCAGCCGGUCCGUGCCCGGGUGAUCGCCAUCGACAACGAGCGCGGCCGGCUCAGCCUCAGCCUGAUCAUGGACGACAAUGUGUCGGCUGACGGCAAGGACAUGGCCAGCCUCGUUGCCGCUGCCAAGGACAACCCCGCCAGCAUCAUCGGCAAGACCCUCACCUGCACGGUGAAGAGCGUGGACACCGGCUCGGCCCUCGUGUCGCUCGGACCCUCGACCAAUGCCCGGGUCUCCGUCGUGGAUGUGGUUGAUGGUUUCCCCACUCGGCCUCUGGCUGCCCUCUCGGCCGGUCAGCGCACCAAGUGUCGCAUCAUUCGCUUCGACCCGGAGCGCAACUUCAUCGAUGUUACUCUUCGCAAGUCCCUCCUCAGCCAGGAGACCCUGUCUCUCAGCGUGCCUGAGGACACUGGCUCCGCGCAGGCUCCCCUGCAGCUGGUUGUUGCCUCGCAGCUGCAGGCCGGCCAGAUUGUUGGUGGCUACGUGUCGGCCAUCAAUCAGGGCGGUAUUUUCGUCCAACUGACGUCCGAGAUGUUUGGUCGGAUCAAGAUUUCCGAGAUCUCCGACCUCUUUAUCAAGGACUGGCAGUCGACCGUCUCUGUCGGCCAGCCGGUCUCGGUCUACGUGAUCAGCGUGGAUCAUGCCAACCUGCGGGCCGAGCUGUCUCUGCGUGAGAGCCGCUUGAACCCGUCGGUCUCCACGGUGACCGUGGGCCAGCGCCUGCGCGGGUCAAUCAACCGCAUUGUCGACUUCGGCCUGUUUGUCAGCGUGUCCCCGACGCUGCGUGGCCUGUGCCACAUCAACCAGGUGCCCCAGUAUGCGGUGGGCACAAAGAUGACGCCGGAGCAGCUGCAUGCCAACUACCAGAUCGGCCAGCUGGUGCAGGUGAUGGUGAUCAGCUACGACGCGGCUACCCGGAAGAUCGGCUUCAGCAUGCUGCCCGAGCACUUUGAGAACAUCAGCGACACUCAGGUGGAGGACUUCGGUGUGCAGGCCCUGGCCGAGUCGAUCAAGCAGCAUCAUACCGACGAUCGGGCCCGCCCGCAGCAGGGUGUCUCGGCGGCGGCCGCCCUGCUGGCGGCCCUUUCCGCCUCGGAUGACAACUUGUCCACCACCGAUGAGGAGGGCACCAGCGACUCCGACAUGGUGGAGUCCGACUCCGAUGAGGACAUGGUUGAUGCCCACAGCGGCCCGGCCUCCGACUCGGAUGACGACGAGGACAUGGACCUCGAGUCCGAUGAGGAUGAUGAUGAUGAUGAUGAUGAGACUGGCAACACUGGCACCCUGGUGUCGGCCGGCCAGUUCGACUGGUCUGGCUCGCUGGCGCCGGUGGUCCAGUCCGACAGCGAUGCCGCCGACUCCGGCCUCGAGUCGGCCGAGGACGACACCGACGAGGAGGAUGGCGAGGAUGGGGCCUCGGAGGCCUCCUCUCGCCAGAAGGCCAAGCGUGCCAAGCAGCGUGCCAAGCGCGAGCGCGAGCAGGAGAUCCUGGCGCGCGAGCGUGAGCUGGCUGCCGAGGUUAGCGGCACCGGUGCCACCCCUCGCACGGCCGACGACUUCGACCGUCUGCUGCUUUCCUCGCCCAACUCCUCCUUCCUCUGGAUCAAGUUCAUGGCCUUCCACCUUAGCACUGCCCAGAUUGACCAGGCCCGUGCGGUGGCUGAGCGUGCCCUUUCCACCAUCGACUUCCGCCAGGAGCAGGAGAAGUACAACAUCUGGAUCGCCCUGCUGAACCUGGAGUCGCGCUUCGGCACGGAGCAGUCGUUCGCGGCGACCGCGGCCAAGGCGGCCCAAUUUGCCGAUGCCAAGAAGAUCCUCCUGCAGGUGGCGUGCAUCCACGAGCAGGCCGGGCGCCUGCAGCAGGCCCUGCUGGCCUUCCAGUGCUUUGUGAAGAAGUACAAGCAGAGCUCCAAGGCCUGGCUCAAUUAUGGGCAGUUCCUCCUCCGGUUGGCCCUGACCGGGGAGCGCAUUCCCGAGAUGGAGGAGGGUCUGGAUGCGCCGCGUGUUCUCCAGCGCUCGCUGCUCAGCCUCCCUCGGCAUAAGCACAUCAAGACGAUUGCCAAGUUUGCGCAGGCCGAGUUCCGUCUCGGGUCUCCGGAGCGUGGCCGGACCCUGUUCGAGGCUCUGCUUUCCAGCCACCCCAAGCGCCUGGACCUGUGGAGUGUCUAUGUGGACAUGGAGGUGCGCGCGGCCCACAACCCGGCCGCGCACUACAUCGGCUCCGAGGAGGCGGGCACGGCGGAGCGCGUGCGUGCCCUGCUGGCCCGCCUGGCCAGCCUCACCUGGCCGGCCCGGUCGAUGCGUUUCAUUCUGAAGAAGUGGAUGACCUAUGAGGCGCGCAACAACCCCGGCGACGAGGCGGCCCUGGACCGCGUGCGCACCCUGGCCCGGGAGUAUGUCAGCUCGCUGGGCAACUGAGUGCUGCCGGGAGCCGUGCCGGAAGAGAGACCACAAGGGUGGAGGAGCAGACAACGGGCAAGGAGACAAGCCGGAAGAGGCCACACAUGAGACAGGCAUCCGACGGGGCCGCGGCCGCGGCCGGGGGGGGGCGAGGGAGAGUGCAUCUGGCCCUCUCCCCACCGCCGUGGCCGGCUUUUCCUCUGAUCUGCCUUCUUCUUUGCGCCUCGGAGAAUGCAUUUGCCGGGUGGGGGGGGUUUGCCCUCGCCUGCAUGCGGGAUGAUUCCCCUGGGCACGAAAAGGGCCGUCAUACCCUUUCGGUGUCCAGUGCCUUUCCUUCUCUCCUGGACUUGGGCCAGCUUGUCGCUGGGCCCAGUGUAAUAGAUUUCAU